AUGAGCGGGUACGACUUUUGCGCGAAGCGAGGCAGCAAACUAUGCUUCCCUAGACUCGAACGACACCUGUGGACGACGUUCUGCCCCGACAGCCGCAAGGGGUUGCGUGGCAGGCAGUAUAGCUCGGGCAUGCGAGGCCUGCCGCGGUGUUGCAACCAUCUCGACAGUACGGCGCUGUCGCUGCUGUGUCUCAAGUGCAACUCAGACCCGGCCGACGGGCGGGCACGCAGCCGUUGGUGGUGCGCCGAUCACCACCAGCGACUACCCGCAGACGUGGACUUGGACCCCCAGGCGGAAUUCGACAAGUGCGUCAACCUGUGGCCGGCCGACAUGCAGAGGAGAUACUUUCGCAGGAGAGAUGACCGGUCGGCGAGUGGUAGUCGGUCGAUGUGA